ACGUCAGAUGGCACUGUAGUUGCUAUAAAGUUUGUUUACUUCGUUCUCGUAGUAUUUAGUUCGUAGCAGCUCGUAGUGGUAAUUUAACCACCAAUGGGUAGAAGAUAUUAUUGCGAGUAUUGUGACAGAUCCUUUAAGGAUGACCCAGAAGCCAGAAAAAAACAUCUUUCGAGUUUACAACAUACAAAAAAUCGCGCAGAUCAUUAUAAUAUGUUCAAAGAUCCAGAAGCUAUAUUAAAAGAAGAAAGUGCAAAGAUACCAUGCAAAUGGUAUUUAAGUGGUGGUGAUUGCGCAUUUGGCCUUGGUUGCAGAUAUUCCCACUAUACUCCUCCUAUGAUAUGGGAACUUCAACGACUCGUUGCUAUGAAACAUCAAGCAAAACUGAAUGUGAUGCUUGAAAAUGGUUGGCCAAAUAAUGAUGAUAUAAUCAAAGAAUAUUUUGAGAAUGCUACAAGUACAAGCAAUGCAGAUGAUUUUAUUUAUCCUGUUUGGUCUAGACCAUUGGAAUUACAGAAUUGUUCCAUGUUGCCACCAUCAUUAUGGCCUAUCACACCAGAAAGCUUGGCAAAUACUAAAACUUUCAAGGAAUGGAGUUAAAAACAUAAGAAGUAUAGGAUUCUUUCUUAAAUUGAAUUAAAUUAAUUCGUAGUAAUUUGACUGCAAUCACAACUUGAUACAUGUAAAUGAUUCAAAAUGUACUUUCCUUUUCAAAGGAUCGAAUAUAUCGUAAAUAAAUUGAUAUAAAUACAAAAUA